GUCACGUGCAAGCACGCGACGAUCAGGAGCUUCCCAUUGCCGAUUUUAUUUUAACUGCUUUGCACAUUUUGCCGUGAACAGCUGUGGGGCUUUUCUCUCUGGAAGAAAUAAUCAGCGUCCUCUGUUUCGAACCCUUGCAAUCUUUUACAAGUUGGAGAAAAGGUUUGACUGAUGGAAUCAGAUACCGUCGUUGAUAACAAUCUGAUGCUUGAAAGAACAUUGCCACAUAUACAAAUUGAUCCAAAAAGAGCCCGGUUUCCAUACUGUAUAGUGUGGACCCCGCUGCCUGUUAUCUCCUGGUUCAUACCUUUCAUCGGCCAUAUCGGCAUAUGCAGAGAGGACGGAGUUAUCUUGGACUUUGCAGGGCCCAACUUUGUGUGCGUUGACCACUUUGCAUUUGGAGCAGUUGCCCGGUACAUUCAAAUGAAUAAAGAAAAGUGCUGCUUUUCUCCAAGUUUGGUUGGGCAUGCGACCGAGGAUAGCUAUGAUCAGACCCAGCCGGACAGACAGAUGACGUGGGAUGAUGCAUUACGAAAGAGCACGCAAGAGUUCCAACAUAGGGCGUACAACCUGUUCACAUGCAACUGCCAUUCUUAUGUUGCGAACAAUCUGAACCGGAUGUUUUACGGUGGGCACGAUCGGUGGAAUGUGGUGAACUUGGCAGCUCUGAUUUUCCUCAAGGGCCGAUGGGUGAAUAAAACAUCCAUUGUAAGAUCAUACUUACCGUUUGUUGUAGUACUUGGCCUUGGGAUCUUAUUGGGCAGCUCAACCUUCCUGAUUUGCUUGGUUUUGUUCACGGUUGCCCUCGUUGGUUGGUUCGUUGUAGGUACAUACUGCUUCAAUAAUCUUAUCCAGUUGUAGUCAAUUUGAAUCGGAAUGUGGUACUUCUGCAGAUUGACAUUGUAUAUGAGAGGUUGUGGGCCCCACAAGCACCCUCUCCACAAGCACAUUUAGCACGCAUGUCAAACUUGCCGGGCACAUAGGACAUCUGAGCCAUGUAGAUGGCCUGGGUUGAAAAUCAGGCUGGUCCUCUGAUUGGGCAGGCUGCAAUGCAUGAAAACAAUGGAUGGUUUAGAAAAGUUGCCAAAGGCCCACAUUCAAAUUGCACUUGUGGCCUGCCUGAUCAUUCACCAGCCUGCCUUCUGCCUCAGGCCAUCUGCACCGUGGGCCCACCUUAUGUAGGGUUGAGAUGUUCCAUGCAGGCGACCGUGGUUAAGGGUGCGUUGUGGGGCUAGCAAACAUCCAUACAUAGACCGUAACUCUCUAGGGUUUUUAAUGUAGUGCUCCUCAUUUAGCAUCUGUUGAGACAACAAAAACAUUUGUACAUGCUAUUAGCAUAUUCUAAUUCUCAACGUGAGGUAUGGUGUGAUAUUAGAGGGUUUCAAAAUCAA